AUGUCAAAUCUUGCAAAACUUGAUUUUGUUACCCUUGACAUUUCGGUAAAAAAUUAUUUGUCAUGGGUGUUUGAUGCUGAAAUACAUUUGAAUGCUAAUGGACUUGGACAAACCAUCAAGGAUGGUAAUCAAGAAUCCUUACAAAACAGCGCAAAAGCAAUGAUUUUCCUCCGACAUCAUUUGCAUGAGGAUUUAAAAAUUGAAUAUUUAACUGUGAAAGAUCCACUUGAAUUGUGGAAAAAUUUGGAGGAAAGGUAUAACCACCAGAAGAUGGUAAUUUUACCGAAAGCUCGUUAUGAUUGGAUGCAUUUACGAUUACAAGAUUUCAAAAUAGUUAGUGAAUAUAAUUCAAUCAUAUUUCGAAUCAGUUCUCAAUUGAAAUUAUGCGGAGAGAGGAUUGUUGAUUCUGAUAUGCUAGAGAAAACAUUCUCUACUUUUCAUGCCUCGAAUAUGCUCUUGCAGCAGCAAUAUCAAGAGAAAGGGUUCACAAAAUAUUCUGAUUUGAUUUCGUGUUUGCUUGUGGCUGAACAAAACAAUGAACUACUAAUGAAAAAUCAUAAAUCUUGUUCUAUUGGCUCUGCUCCAUUCCCUGAAGUGAAUGCGAUAACAUAUGAAAACUCCAAACGAGGACGUGGUCGAACCCAUGGGCGUCGUGGCCAUGGCGUAGUCAUGGAAGAGGACGUGGUUGGAAUAAAUAUCAGAAAAAUUAUGGUGAUAAUAAAGAUGCAUCUUACCACCAGAAGUGGACAAAUUAUGAAGAAAAAUGGUUUAAAGGCAAAAAAGGAUCAAGUAACAAAUCAGAAAAUAUAUGUUAUUGAUGUGGUGUACAAGGGCACUGGUUGCGUACCUGUCGUACACCAAGGCACCUUGUCGAUCUCUAUCAAGCAUCAAUAA